AUGGUUUGUGCUUUUACCAAACCAAACGUAAUCCAACCAGACCAUGUGAUGGUUACUGAGCUGGGAGGCACUGUGACUCUCACUUGCUUUUGUCCCAACGUGUCAGUGACCAGGUUUGAUUGGUUCAAGCAGAGUUUUGGACAGAAACCCCUCCGCAUGGCAUCAUCUCUUUAUGUUGGCCAAGACAGUUAUUAUUCCAACAACUUUAUCAAGGACUUUACUGAGACCAAACGUUUGGGUGUGAGGAGAGGAGUCUACAGCUGUAACUUGACCAUAUCCAAGACAGAGCCAGGGGACUCAGCUACAUACUAUUGUUCCAUUACAGCCAUCUAUGAGGUUACAUUUGGAAAGGGAACUGUUUUAAUUGUCAAAGACUCAGAGUCCAACAGCAUGUCUGUGCUCCAGCAGCCUGUGUCUGAGUCAGUCCAGCCAGGAGACUCUGUGACUCUGAACUGUACAAUACACACUGAGACCUGUGUAGGAGAACACAGUGUCUAUUGGUUCAGACAUGGCUCAGGGGAAUCCCGUCCAGGAAUCAUUUACACCCAUGGAAACAGUCUUGAUCAGUGUGAGAAGUUCCCUAAUGCUGGGUCUCCUACACAGAGCUGUGUCUACAACCUCCCCAAGAGGAACCUCAGCCUCUCUGAUGCUGGGACUUACUACUGUGCUGUGGCCUCAUGUGGGGAGAUACUGUUUGGGAACGGGACCAAGCUGAACAUUGACCAUGGUUGUAAGGAGGACCAUCUUCUGUUCAUGUCCUUCCUGGGCGUAGCGUUGGGUCUGUGUGUCAUCCUCAUCAUUGUCCUUACUUGCGUUCUGUACAAGAUGAGCAAGUGCACAGGAACGCAACCUCAGCCAAGUGCUCCUGCAGUCCCCAGUCAUCAUAACCAGGAUCAAGAGCCUGAUACUCUCCAUUACGCCGCUCUGAACGUCAUCCACAAGAAACCAAAGGCCGGGAGACAGAGGAGAGACAUGGAGAGAGACACUGUGUACUCUGGGGUGAGACGCCAAAACAUGGACUGA